UCAAUUUGAGAAUUGAUUUCCCUCCUUUCUCCGGUGGAAGAAAUUGGGACAAAAUGGCGGGAGAGCAGGUCGCCGCCGAUGGCCUAACAACGAAUUUCGCCGGAAUGUCCAAAAAACAGCUUUACGACAUUAUGUGUCAGAUGAAGGGAUUAAUCGAACAGAACCAGCAACAAGCGAGGCAAAUUCUCAUUCAAAACCCUAACUUGACCAAAGCACUAUUUCAGGCACAAAUUAUGCUUGGGAUGGUGCAGCCCCAACAAGCAAUUCCGGCCAUCCAACCGACAGGAUCACCAAAUCUACAGCCAUCAGUGUCUCAACUUACAAAGUCAGAUGGUCAGUCGGCUCCAUCAUUGCUAGGGAAAAUUGGUAUGCAGGAUCAAACAAGAAAACAGCAGCAAAAUCAAUCUGUUCCAACACCGCCAUCUCCUUCUCUUUCGUCAUCAAACCUUCAAGCUCAGUCCCUACCGUCUCAUCCGUCGCUGUCAGUGCGGCAAUCAAAAGGACAUAUUGGUGGUCAAUCAGUGCUAAUCUCUUUACCACAAUCCUCUCAAGUUGUUAACAUGCCACCAGUUCCUCAUCAUUCUGCUUCACAGCUUCCAUCUCAUUUUCAAAUGCAGAUGCCUUCUGCAUCCUCCCAAUUGGAGCAACCAAUGCAUACUAGUGGUAGCCAACACCAGCAUAUGCAGCCACAGAUGCCACCACAAGUGAGACCAUCAAUGCAACCCUACCCCCGUCCAAUGCACCCUCACAUGGGGUCCAAUGUUGGUUUUCCGCCAUCUGGAGUGCCUCCGCCACACCAUUCACAUCCUACUUUUCAUCCAACUAUGAAGCCUCCAGCAAGCAUGGGGCCUUCUUUUAUGUCUGGGCAGCCACCAGUUCCAAGUCAGCUGCCAUCCCAGCCGCCAUAUCAGGUGCCCUUGUCUUUAUGCUCUACUUUAGUGAAACUAGUGAACUAGUUUUCAUUUGGUGUUUUUGGUCAUGUAAGCUUGAAUCAUUAGAUUUCUUUCUCUGAUAAAAGUUGUUCAUAAGCAUUAGGGCCUGCGCUACAUUUUAAGUUCCACUGGAAAGAGGCCUUUCUUUCCAUGGAUGAGUCCUUGGUUCCUUGCCAAAAUUUGCUCCAUUUUUAAGAUUUUUAACUUGUGGGAUAUAUAUGACAAAAUGCAACACGUUGAACUAA